AUGGCUGCCCUCAGACCCCUGUUGAAGCCAAAGAUUGUCAAAAAGAGGACCAAGAAGUUCAUCUGCCACCAGUCAGUCUGUUAUAGAGGCAUCAACAACAGGGUUCAGAGAAGAUUAAAGGGCCAGAUCUUGAUGCCCAACAUUGGUUACAGGAGCAACAAGAAGACAAAGCACAUGUUGCCCAGUGGCUUCCACAAAUUCCUAGUCCACAAUGUCAAGGAGCUGGAGGUGCUGCUGAUGUGGAACAAAUCUUACGGUGCUGAGAUUAUGCACAAUGUUUCCUCCAAGAACCUCAAAGCCAUUGUGGAAAGAGCAGCCCGGCUGGCAGUUAGAGUCACCAAUCCCAAAGCCAGACUGCGCAGUGAAGAAAAUGAAUAG